AGAAACCUGCUGACACGUGAAGCGGAAAUCUGUUUUGUGACAAAUCCAGGAUGCCUGUCCAGCUCCUUAAACAUCAGUUUCUUUUUCUUUUCUUUUUUUCCACGGGUGACUCGAGGCGCAGUUUAUCUGCGGAAGCGUAGAUGGUUGCAGUCCGGCUUGGAAACCGUAACGGCACAGGAAGGGGUUGGCUCAAGACAGCGGGGCCGUGUGUGGCCAGCAACGGCGGACGAAUCCGGAGGAAUAGAUCCGGGGUGGGGAAAAGAAAGAAAGAACAAAAGGAGAGAGGCGGCCCCGCUCUUCCACUCUCGUGUGUUCAUUUAUGUAUCUUCUCAUUUAUUCCCCCGAGUUACUUUAACGUCGAAAGUGCGUCGCGAAACACUUGCAGAAUCCUCUCCCUUUUGAGAUUUAGGCCCACCCCAGCCCCGCAUGAUCUGGGCCGGGGAUAGACGCUAAUUGCUGCUUCACCGGGAGCACGACCGGAGUGAAGACUGCCGCAGCUCGGGGUCGUUUCGUUUUCCCGGGGCGCUGCAGCCGUUGACUUUUGAACAGGAAUCCUAUUGUUCAAGCAGGUUAAAGAUGAUGAGUGAAGAGGAGAAUCUGGUGAAAGAGGAGGCAAUUCUAUCAGAGGAGGAGAAGGAAGUAAAAGAGGAGGAAAUAUUCACAAUUAUAGCAGAUGAAGAAGACCUGGUGAAAGAAGAGACGAUCUUUGAGGAGGAGGAGGAGGAGGAGGAAGAGGAUGAGGAAAAUCUGGUGAAAAUAGAGGUGAUUCUCCCAGAGGAUGAAGAAAAUCUAGUAAAAGAGGAGGUACUUCUUCCAGAAGAAACUUCCCUUCUGGAAGAAUAUGAAAUCAAUGUUUUUCAAAUCCAAGGGGAUGAAAUACCCUGUGACAGUGAACUCGGUCCUGAGAUCUCAGGUUAUAUUCCAAGAAAGAGACAUUGUAAAACCAUGCCACGGGCAGGAACUGUUGGAGAACCCAACCAAGCCACAGCCCGGAAGGGUGGAAGAAUCUAUAAGUGCCCUGACUGUGGAAAAAUCUUUAAGCGCUGUUCACCUCUUAUCAGACACCGAAGAACCCAUACUGGAGAGAAACCUUAUGUUUGCCGUGAAUGCUUGAAACGUUUCAGUGACAGCUCGGCCCUUGUGAAGCACCAAAGAAUCCAUGCUGGAGAGAAACCAUACACAUGUCCCGAGUGCGGUAAGAGCUUUUCCCAAAGCUCAACCCUGAUUGCACAUCAGAGAAUACACACCGGAGAGAAACCAUAUAAAUGCCCUGACUGUGGGAAGAGUUUUAGCGUGAGCUCUAAUCUUGUUGCUCAUCAAAGAAUCCACACAGGAGAAAAGCCUUUUGGGUGUCCUGUCUGUUUAAAAGGCUUUCUGGUGAGCUCCCAUCUUAUCAGACACUUGAGAAUACACACUGCAGAGAAACCUUAUAUUUGCAGAGAAUGUGGUGAAUGCUUUACCCAAAGCUCUCACCUCGUCGUUCAUAAGAGAAUCCACACAGGAGAAAAACCCUAUCUGUGUUCUGAGUGUGGGAAAAAUUACCGUGGGAUCUCCGAUCUGAUCCAACAUCAAAGGAUUCACACAGGAGAGAAGCCCUACAAAUGCACAGAGUGCGGCAAAUGCUUCAGCCAAAGCUCAUGUCUCAAGAAGCACCAGCGAAUCCAUACAGGCGAGAAACCUUACAUGUGCAUCAGGUGCGGGAAGAGAUUUAACCGGAAUUCACAUCUGACUAGGCAUCAAAAAACCCACGUGGGGUAAUUUCUAAACGAGUUCUCUGCAAGUCCCUGAAGAAAUAGUGAUGGAUGUCUCAAAUAGUAAUCUAUUCCUCAUCUCCUAUAGGAUCUUUUGUCCAAAUCCCUAACCUGCAAGAGUAUAAAAAGAUUUGAAUAUGUUACCAGGAUGCCUUUGCAAUGUUUUCUUCUCUGGCACUGGUUAAGAUCCUCUUUCUAGAUUCCCUCCUUUCCAUCCAAGAUUUCUAAUAGGAUCUUAGAAUCUUCCCUUGAAUAUCCAUACUUUUCCUUGUUAUGAUUUUGAAAAUGACACCCCAUUUCAAACACCUUCAGGCAUAUCAGCCCUUACUUUUUCCUGGAUUCUGAGAAUAUCUUAAUUGUCUACUAUCCCUCAGGUUUCCACAGUGAAAGAACUGGAAGCUGUGAAAAGUUGUGUUGAUAGCAAUGGAGGAGAAACAAUUAGCACUCAUAUCCAACUCUGAUGAGAUCAGUCUCUUUUAUUUGUAAUGCAGUAGCAUAUGAAAACAGCAAAUAUUAUUACCACAUGAAAUUGACACACAUCCUCCAGUGGACUGCUUCAUGGUUUUAUGCUGCCACUGUUUAAAGCCAAUGGAAAAUUGCAUGUGAGGAAAAACCUGCUUUAUUUUGUCCAUUAUGGGGUUUGUUACAAGGCAGAGAAGUAGUCAGGAUUUAGUGUACUUCCUUGGCCCAAUGACCCACCUUUCUUUAUUUUUUUAAUAGUAGACUAUAGAAACUUCACUGCUUGGAAUCUGAGUUAUAAACUUGAUCAUCCUGUGCUUGGUGACUCUUCAUUGUGGCUGUUCCCAAAGCUGGCAGGUGGGGGGUGGGGGAAAAGCUGAGAGGACAGGUCCUGGUUUUAAUCCCUUGCUUUUUCAGCUUAAAACAUCUUGGAUAACAUGAAUGGGAAAGACUGUUGCCAUAGAACAGUACUGCUAAUCGAAAUAAAAGUGCUGGGUGAAACAGCUGAACGAUCUGAUAUAAGCUCCAGUUCUUGGCAUCUGUCUUCACGGAUGUCAUGUCACACCCUAAGAAGCACAAAAAGCAGAUGGCCUUCCUUGGUAUUACUGAAGAACAAUCUGGCAUCUUAUGUAGCCUGGUCACUGCCAUGCAUUUGUAGGCUUGUAGUGACAAUAUCAGAGAUUUAAAUUAUCAAUGCAAUUAUUUUUCUUUCUUUUUCUUUCUUUUUUUUUACUUUUUAGUGGAGUUUAUUGAACAUUUUAGAAUAGAUUUCUCUGUCAAGUGACAAUAGGAUAGUGGCUAAAAGACUGAAAUAUGCAUCGGAAAGGAUUCGGUUUCAGUCGCCACUGAGAUUCUUGCUUUGUGGCCUUUGGCAAGUAUUUUCUUGGUGUAAGUCAGACCCGUAAAAUUUGCAGUAUGGGGAUUAUAGCCCUUAUUUGCUUAUAAAGUUGUUGAAAAGGUUAUACAGCCUGAACAGCUUAAAUGUACUCCCUAAGCACACUUACUGUGUUUCUCCUUGGGUUUGGGAUAAUUUUCACACUCCUUGAUGGUAAAUAUGAGUUCUUAUAAUACCGGUAGUCCUUGAGUUAUGAAGGUUGACCGUUUGAAGUUACAACAGACCUCCCCCACCCAAAAAAAAGCUCUACAUAUGACCUUGUUCCAAAGUUACGAUGUGUUCUGAUCUAGGCUUCCUUAGAAAUUAAACAGCACAAACUUAGUCCCAGAAAACCUCUUUAAUUCAUAUGGCUGUAAAUUACUUUCAUUUACAGUCUGCAACGCUUGAUAAACAAUCUUUCAGAGAAAGGUUAUCAACACCCACCUAUCUCACGUGGAACGCUGCCAAAGAACUAAUUUCCAGACACAGGGCAAGGCCAAACUUGGCACAGAGUCACAAACAGAAUUUUCAAAUCUUGAAUUGGCCAGAUGAGUUAAUUGCUUCCUUCAAAAGCUCACAUCCUGGUCGCUUCUCUUUUAUGUCUUAUGGAAGGGGCCAAUCAUCUCCAAGCCUUACUCCCAAGUCAACCCUGUUUCCUUAAUUGUUCCCGUCUCCUGGCAGCUCUGCAUGCGCACACUGGGAAAGGCUCACGCUGUUCUUCUGCCUCGCUGACGUCAGACUCUGGAGGCAGCAAAGAACUACCAGAUGGCCUUGGCCUUCUCUCUGCCUCCGACUCAGAGCCAUUGUCCGAGCCUUCCCCAGACUCUAGGACUGGCCCACAUUCCCCCCCCCACCUCUUCACUGUCCAAAUUUGCUGCCAGCUCUGCUGGCCACUGGCGGGCCAGAACACGAUGCCUGCAGUGCCCUCACAGACUGACCAACCACAGAGAUGCUGCAGCAUGUCCACCUACCUUUCCUCCACCACCACCUCAUUUUGCCCUGCAAGGUUCCCAGAGACACUUGGCCUGCUUUGCUACCCCAUUUGGUUCCACAUAUUCCACCCCACUCCAAUCAUCGUUCACUCACUUUUCAAAGAGAUUCAGAAUUCAGGAAGUCAGGGUAGGGAAGGAGGGCAGGCCUCUCUGCUGCUGGGCCAUUGCUAGGCCAUGUGGCACAAUUGAAGAAAAGAAAUCCUGACAGUUUUCAUUUUAUCACUAGUCUUAGCUCCCCCAGCUUUAGCUACGCUAAUUUUAUGCUAAUGCAAUUAAUGCUGGGGGAGCGAAGACUAACAAUAAAAGGAAAACUGGCAGGAUUUCUUCUUGAUUUUGCCACGUGGACCAGGAACAGGUUGGGCCUGUCUUCCUUCCCUAUCUUGAUCUCCUUAUUCUGAGGAUCUUUGAAAGGUAAACAUGCAAUUGUGAUGGACUGAGAUAAGGGGGAGGUCCAUAGGGUGGGAAGUGGAGCAUGGGGUAUCAGGAUAGGGAGAGCCUUUGGGAGGCCCAGUGCAGGUGGGUUUCUGCCUGCAUUAUGCCUCCCAGAGUGUCCCCCACUUUUGAGACACCCUACUUAAUGACAAAUGUAUUGGGGGGAAAAUAGGGGUUCAUUAAUGAGACAAUUUCUUUAGAGAUCAUAACUGACAGAAAUUCUGACAGUAAUAAGCAGGCUCCAUUACAGUUGUAACUCAAGGACUACCUGUAUUUCUUUGUGAGUGCUGCCCUAGUUAGAAAGGUCUUUACACAAAUAAAGAUGCCCCUAGAAUCCACAUAAGGAAGGCAACUAUCCACAUAUUGGAGGGAAAAUCUUCAGUUUUCAGUUAUUUUCUUGAAAGAAACUUAUUAGAAUAAAAGAGGGCUUCCGCUAUGGAAAUCUUCCUUGGCACUUACAGAACUAUGGUAAUGGGGCAAUGAGCCAGAAAAGAUGAGUAAUAGGCUUGCCCCCAAUAUCUCCUCUUUACAUGAGAAGGAUCACAGGGAAGGAAUAAAAAUUUCAGAAUACUAUACAAAUCUAUCUGAACAUGAGCAAGAGAAGUUCUUGCCUUCCCUUGAGCCAACUGUGGUAGCUGACUCUAAUUUCAGUUGAAGAGCAGAUGGAAGACUCAUUUGCUGAGAAAUAAGGAGAAAAAAGACUGCCUUAAUUUGGAUGGCUGCAGAAUACCUAAAGUAGUAUUUGAAUGUUUCUCUUCUUUGCCCUUUAAAGCCCUGCUCUAUUUUAUAUCAGAAUGAUCUCCAUCCCAUUAUGGUUCAGAUAUAUUAUUCUGCUUGUACCUUGCAAGAGUACCCGAUAGUUCUCUACUUCUGGUAUUGAGAAGUGUGUUGUGGCUUUUGUUUUUCUUGGUUCUUGAACAUCAAAAUAAGAUGAUGUGUUACACUCCUAAAAUAUAUACAUGUCAUAUGCUUACCAGUGAUUUGUACUGUGUAGUGCAUGCCCAUCUAUGCUUUUUCAGAAGUUCAGUGUAUUUGCAGAGAUUUUGUCCAAGAUAUGUAUAUAAAGGAAGGCAGGCUACAGUAUUUCAAACACAAAAAAAUAGAAUGGUUUUAGAUUUAAAAAAAAAAAUAGUUAAGGCUCCCCAAUCCUAUAUUUCUACUUCUGAUAUACUGCAGCAAAUAUUCCAUAGUAUAGUUAGUUUUGUUUUAAAUUGAAAGUGGCAAAUCAUUUUAGUCUUGUUUGCAAUGCGUUAAUUAAAUUGAUGUUGAUGAGGAAAGGAAAAUCGGAGGGUGCAUCAUAUAAUAGUAACAUAAAAUAAUAUGCAUUUAACCCCUUGAGUAAAUUGUACCAGGACUGGUAGCCAAGGGACAUAGUGAACUGUAUCAAAUAUAUGGUGUUUGGGUCAGGGUUCAAACCAUCUUCCAUUUGUCUUGUAUUUCCUGCAACACAAUCUUGAGUCCCAUUUUUUGGAUACCCCAACUUUUUCCAAAAUGAAGUAUACUUUUAAUGACUAAUUCAAGGACUAGUUAGAAUUCUGUAAAAGUAUUAUAAGGUGGAUAUUGUACUUAAUACUGAUUGCAAGUACUUGAAAUAACUAGUCAAGUACAGUGUUAGAUUCACUUAAGAUACUGUAUUAUAAUCUAUUUUUGCAUUGUUUGCCACCUCUGCAGAAUAACUAAGACGUUCAAAGGGAAUGUAAAUUUAAAUGGAGGCCCAUGUGGUAAAUGUACAUAGCAUUUAUCAUCAUUUCUGUACUAAAUAAGGAAGAUUAUCACACUGUGCUGUACUUUAUCCUGAUUGAAAGUGAGCACAGAAAUCAAGCUAUGGUUUGAAAUUUACACAUGCACACUGCUUUAAUUCUGAUAAGUAUCUAUGGAGAUCCAGGUCAUAGUUGUCCCAAAGGUGCUUUUUCAAAAGGCAACUGGACUUUGUUUUUCCUUGAAGACAUUUCACUUCUCAUCUCAGAAGCUUCUUCAGUUCUGACUGAAUGGUGGAGAAUGGAAGGAUUUAUAUUCCUUGCAGUUAUCUGGUUAUUAGUACUCUGAGAGUUGUUGAGGCCACUUGGAAGUUUACCUGUGCCCUCGGGGUCAGCUGGAUAGUGCAAAUAGGUGUGGAACUUUCUUGGAACUGCUAUCAUUUAAUUCUGAUACCAGUUUUGACAACAAGUAUCAAAGGGUAUUGUAUAUUGUAUUUUUUCCCCCUUUUGAAAAUAUAUGGAGGAUUGAAUACUCAUUUAGUAUUAAAAGUGGACAUACAGUAUAAUAUAUUGAAUGUCUGGUUCCACACAACUUAUGAGACUAGGGUAUAAUAGUUGAGGGGAAUUUAUGAUUCACAAUCUUAUAGGAAUCCAGACACAGUCUUAACUUCCUAUGAACUACACCACCACUUUAAAGAAUAUGUGGUUUUUUUUAAAACAAACUUGUUGGGCAUUGCUUGUUAUGUGAACACAGCAAAUGUAUUUUUAAUCCAGUUUUAAAGUACUGCAUUGAGCCAUUGUAUAUAACAGAUUUCAUUCUGAUAGUUCACUGGUCAAGAUAAUUCAUCUACCCAAAAAUGCUUAAUCAAAGUGUUAUGAAACGUUUUAAAAAAUAAAAAAUAAAUGAUACAAACUAGCAGAAUGCCAAAUCAACUGUCCCUGAAGGGCCCUUCUUUCAAUAAAUUUUCUAAAAUACUGUU